AGAAGAAGAAGCAGCAGCGGCAGAAGAAGUGGUGGCGCAAUACAGUUUGUAUUCAUAACACUUGUUCUCAGAUGGGCUCAAGCUACAGCUUGGCUUUAUUAUUUGCUUAUGCUGGUUUUCUUAUGACAUCCCUCAAAGCUGGCACGCACCUCGCAUUAUGUUUGAGUAGGAUCCUGAUCUUCAAGAUCCGUCAUCACAGAGUCUGAAAGAAAGCUACAGUGACCAGACGUUACCACAUCAGGAGCCAAUAAAAGUACCUGUAAGCCCCAACUAUAACUGUGAGACACCAGAGAUCAAAGUGAUUAUUAAAGAGGAAGAGGAGGGCUGCACUGUGAAAGAAAAUUAUGAGAGCUUAAGCCCCGAAAGAGAUGAAGCAGGUUCUUGUUGUCCUUUCUUCAAGGAAGACUGCAUUUCAUAUGAAGUGAAGAGACAUCCGAGAGUAUGUUCAAUGGAAAAAUGCUUCCAGGAGUCUGAGGUUCACAGUAUCUGUGGACAAAGCUCCUCUGCUACAGAAAGGAAACAGAGACAUCUGCCCAAGGACUUUAAUGAAAAAGUUAAGCUUUCCUGUGUACGGGGCAAAGCACUAGGAAAUGUGCACCAGGGCAAUAAAACAGGAGAGAAACCCUUCUCUUGUCCAGGACAUGACACAAGCCCCGGUCUCAAAGGGAACACAAAAUCCCAUCCAAGAGCACAUGAAGGAGAGGAAUGUCAUUCCCAAGAACAGAGCACGACUUUACACACAGAAGAACUACAUCAGCUUAACUUAUCAGCACCUUACCAAGACGACUCUCCUGAACGUAACCACCUGACGUCACAUGGACUGAAGAUGGCAUCUGCAAAUUUAAAUGACCAAACGCUCCACCUGACUGUCAGGUUACAGGCAGAGGAGAGGGAGGAAGAGGAAGAACAAUAUGAAGAAAUUGGAGGUUUAAUCAAUUCUGAUGGAGAAGUGGUUGAAUGGGAUGCCAAAAACAAUUCUGACCAAGGCUCUGACUGCACAGGAGACCCUCAGUGUGAUAAGGGUGACUUUCUGUCCAAGUCUCAGCAACAAGGCCAAAACCAGAGGGACAGCAGUAGUCCAACGCUCCUCAUGGAAGCUGAUGACGAGGAGGAAGGGGAGCAAAAGGAGGGAGUAAUAAAUAUGACAGCUGUCUCCCCUUUACACAGUGGAAAAAGACCGAGAGGAAGGAAAAAUGUUCUGGUGGAGUCUUUGAACAAUUCUGACACAGCAAAAGGUCCAGCAAAAAGUGCAAGCAAAAGAAGCAGAAGAAAGAUUUCUCAGCCCCUAAUGUCGUCUGGUGAGGACUUACAGGCUGAUUCUGGAUUAUUGAGGCGAACCCGAAGACAGAGAAAUAUCCGCUCCACAGCUGAGCCAGAGGAAUUAAACUCUAAAGUUCUUCGCCGUAUUUCUGCAAAGCAACCUCAUAAAAGGAGGAAAAAGACCAAACCAUCGGCUGAAGGAGAAGGAAAAAACACAGCCGUUACUACUGGCAAAAAGCAACCCGGCAGAAAGAUGGUUCGUGUACAACUAGAAAUACCUCCAGAGCUCCUGAAGACACCCAAAGAGAAGAUAGAGUACUGCUGUUCAGUGUGUGGCAAAGAAUUUCCUCAUGCCUACAAACUGGAGCGGCAUGAGCUGAUCCACACGGGAGAGAAACCAUACUGCUGUUCCAUUUGUGGUCGAGGUUUCAACCAGAAGGGAAAUCUCAAAACACACUACAAAGUCCAUCUUGGCCGAAAGGGUGCUGUGGAUUUUGAUGAAGAGGUGAAUCCAUCAGCAUCAGAACUCUCUGAAUACUUGAAGUCUCUGCCAGGAGAAUCCAGGAUCCGAUCAACCCUCCGUUGCCUGGAAUGUGGAAAGGACUGCGAGAGUCACUCUGCAUUACAAGCACACCACAUAACUACACACAGUGAAGCUACCACUGGGUCAGAGGCAGUCAAGCACAGUGCAUCACAGUUUCUUUUCUGCCGCCGCUGUGGCAUUCAGUUCAGUGAAAAAGAAAAACUAGAAGAACACCUGAAAACCCACAUCAAGGAGAAGCCCUACUCAUGUCCUGACUGCGGCAAGAAGUUUAUCAAUGAGAGCUACAUACAAAUCCACCAGCGCAUCCAUACUGGGGAGAAACCAUUCUUGUGCUCGCAGUGUGGCAGAGGUUUCCACACAGCUUCCUCUCUCAAACUGCACGAGAUGCAGCAUUCCGGUGAGAGGCCAUUUGCAUGUUCAAUCUGUGGGAAGACAUUUCGGAUCAACUCGUACCUAACAGCACAUUACCAGACCCACAUCAAAGACAGACCUUUUAUUUGUAGUGUCUGUGGGAAAGGCUACUCUAGAUCUGAGGAACUGAAGGUCCAUUACAGGCUUCACACUGGAGAAAGACCCUAUGAGUGUGGGGAAUGUGGGAAAAGCUUCAUUUACCGCCAAGGGCUGCGCCAGCAUCAGCGUACACAUGCUGGAAGACGCAUUGGGCCAACCAGACAACUUGGUAGACCCAAACAGAGAAUCAGACUGGAAAACUAACAGCUGAUCCGUUGGUGCACUUUUGUUGUAAACAGUGUUCGAAAAUAUUGCAGUAAAUUCCUCUUCCUCUCCACUCUUCCUCCUUCCAUUUCUCCAGUGUAGAGCAUACACAAAUAGUGUCUGAAAAUGUGUGCUACAGAUUCAGCGUGGGUUGCCAAAAUAGCUAAGAAGCAUACUGUAGGCCUGUCGCGAUAACAAACUUUGCUGUGCGAUUAAUUUUGUUAGAAAUUAUUGCGAUAAGCGAUAAUAUUGUCAAUUUGAGACCAUUUUCAACUAAUAUAAUGACAAUGCCAUAAUAAUGCAAGUACACCCGUUCAAAGAUCAAUAAACUUUCAUUUAUAAAGAACGUUUUACACUGGAAC